AGGAUGUCCUAAAAUGCUUUCCGUACUCCCCUCCUCCCAGCCCUUCUGUCCUCCCCCUCCCCCUCGGAUCUCCUCGGCAAACAUCGGCUAUUUCCGCCUCUUUGUUUUAAACUCCAGCCGGAAAUUUUUUUAUUCCUCAUAUUUCUCCUAUUUCUGAAUUGGGGGGUCUCACAGAGAGCUGCGGAGACCCCCUUAUUCCCUUCCCCCUGUCUGAAGGGUUGUUGUACCCGCAGAUUGCCCCCCUCCCACCCGUUCGUGUCUCCUAGUUGCACACACACAGCAAGGCUUCUCCUCCUGCCUUGUGUGCCUGUGCUGUGCCCGGUGGAGUAAACCCCCUACAGCAAACAGCAGCGCCUUUAUCUCCGGGGACACAACUACAGCAGCAGCGACGGCAACACCAUAAACAUUGCAGCAGACACCAAAGAUGCUGACUCGAAAGAUAAAACUUUGGGAUAUCAACGCCCAUAUAACAUGUCGCUUGUGCAAUGGAUAUCUUAUCGAUGCUACUACUGUAACAGAGUGCUUACAUACCUUUUGCAGAAGUUGUUUGGUGAAAUAUCUGGAAGAAAAUAACACCUGCCCCACAUGUAGAAUUGUCAUUCAUCAGAGCCAUCCACUACAGUAUAUAGGUCAUGACCGAACAAUGCAAGAUAUCGUUUAUAAACUUGUGCCCGGUCUCCAAGAAGUGGAAAUGUGUAAACAGAGGGAAUUUUAUCACAAACUUGGUAUGGAAGUACCAGGAGACAUCAAAGCAGAAAUCUGUACUGCAAAGCAACACGUAGAAGUCCACAGAAAUGGUGAAACAAAAGCAGAGGAACACACAAAUAAAGAAACCACAGAAGAAAAGCAGGAAGAAGACCAUGACUAUCACAGAAGUGAUGAACAGGUGAGCAUAUGUUUAGAAUGCAACAGCAGCAAACUGCGUGGACUGAAGCGAAAAUGGAUACGUUGUUCAGCACAAGCAACAGUCCUACAUCUAAAGAAGUUCAUAGCCAAAAAACUUAAUUUAACAUCAUUUAACGAGCUGGAUAUAUUAUGCAAUGAAGAAAUACUUGGCAAGGAUCACACACUCAAGUUCGUUGUAGUCACGAGGUGGAGAUUUAAGAAAGCACCGCUUCUCCUGCAUUACAGACCAAAAAUGGACUUGCUGUAAAAGAACUUGAUUGUCCUGUAAGGACUGAUGUUUUGCAGAGACUAUCAUGGGCACGGGCUGAGUGCACCACAUCACGUACGACAUGGGACCUGAACCAGCGGAUUCAAGGCCAGAAGAUUGUAGCGCAUUCAGAGAAGAACCUCUGCUUCUAGACAUUUCUCUUACACAACAUGGAUUCUAGAGUUCUGGACAGGAAAAUAUUUAUACUUUUGUACAAAAAAAAGAAAAUAAGAGCUAAUUUUUUCACAAGACACUACCAGCAUGGCGUUUACAGAUACAAAAACACUUUUCAUAAAUUUGUCUUUGCUGCAAUUUAGUUCCAACUUGGGUUUCAAAUGUAUU